AUGAAAUCGACAUAUCUAUCAGCAGCAUCGGCAUUACUGUUCUGGAUAUCCUACGUGACAGCAGCACCCUACCCGGCAAAGCACAAGGUCCGUUUGCGUCGGUUCGGAAACGGGACACUUCCAUCUUCGUUCAUUGUAUCAGGCAAAGAAAAGCAAGUGGGAUACCAAAAUGGCAGUGGUUACUAUGGCGCCAUCUCACUAGGUAACCCGCCCCAGGAAUUCAACGUGGUCUUUGAUACAGGCAGUGCCGACCUCUGGGUAGUAUCAUCGAAGUGCACAACGGUCGACAUAUGUUACAACCACCGCAAGUACAUUACAGCUGACUCAACGACAUACAGCGACAACGACGACGAAGACCCUAUCAAUGUAUGGUACGGCACUGGCCACAUUAGCGCAGGACUUGGUCACGACACCGUCAGUUUAGCCGACGGUGCAUUACAAAUCACAGACCAGAUCGUUGCAGACGCGACAGUAUUGUCGCGCGACUUUAUCGGCUCGCCCUUUGACGGGAUCUUUGGGCUGGGAUUAGAAGACUUGUCUUCCUCACCUUCGUAUACGCCACCGUUCUAUUCCAUGAUGGAGCAAGGUGUGUUGGAUGAGCCUGUGUUUGCCUUUUACACACAAGCAAACACGGGCGAGAUCGAUUUUGGCGGGAUUGAUCCGUCGCGGUACAAGGGCUCGAUCCAAUAUGUGGACGUGAUCGAUACCAAGUUCUGGAUGGUGGAGAUGAGCGAAUUCGCUUUAGGAUCGGAUGGUGUCAAGGGCGGGUCCCGCAACGUGAUCAUUGACAGUGGCACGACGCUUAUUAUCACGACACCAGACGACGCUGCGGCUAUUCACAGUGUCAUCCCGGGCGCGCUCAACAAUGGGGAUGCAACGUGGUCUAUCCCUUGUCGUCAUGUGGACUCGCUUCCAGAACUGCUGUUGACCCUCGGCGGCAAGACCCUCGCUAUUUCCCCACACAAUUAUGUUCUCCGGCCCACAGGUCACACGAGCUCCAUGUGUUUAUCAGGCAUUUCUGGCCAGUCCUUGGGUUCAGAUGAAGACGACGAGGACAGUGAAGACGAGACUUGGAUCUUGGGAGAUGUGUUUAUGAAACAGUUCUAUACGGUGUUUGAUGUCGGCAACAACCGUAUCGGAUUUGCAGAAGCCAAUUAA